AUGUUGUCUUGGUUCUUAGCUCAGUUCGGCCUCGGCCAGGAAGAAUCUCCUCCUGUAAAGCGGCAGCCCACUAUCUGCGUUGCCUGGCAUGUUCCUGAUGACACGUUUGACGAGUUCUUCGCCUUCUUCGCAACGGACACUCGUCUGGUAGGACACUACUACCUUGGCAUGGGCGAAGACUCUGUUCAUGUCGUCUCCGGAACCUACCACGUUGCUACGUACGGAGAACUCGACAGCUUCGUCGAAGAGAUUCGCGGCUCAUCCCACUACCGGAUGUAUACAUCUUUUGCAGGCCAAAUGGAUUUGGCUCACCUUGGAGAGACUGAUGGCGCUAGGAUCGAAGACAAGAGGAAGGCUUUCUCCGCCUGCCAGAAAAUCGAACCCCAGGGCAAUGUCCUCGUCGUCUGGCGCAUCCCUCACGCUGACUUGGAGAACCACCUCGUCGCCUUCCAGACCGACCCUCGCUGCCUGCGACACCGUUGCUUCAACAUGGACAAAGGUCCCGCCUCUAUCGUAUCGGCUCGCUAUCAAGUCGACGACCUGGACCGUUUCAUCAAAGAGAUCACAAUCGAACGGUGCUUUCGCAUGCACACCAUCAUCCGGUACCACAAGCUUCAGCCUUGUGAGAAGGUGGGCCCAGGCCCGAGCCCGACCUUGGAGGGUCUCUUCAACAUUCCCUUCAAUCAGGAAUCCCCUGCGCAGCACCAGUACAAUGUCGGCAGACGCAUCCGCACUGACGAGUUCGAGGAGACUUACGCCCGCCGUUCGAUCGACCCGCGCCUCCAGCGAUUCCAAUACAUGGGGAUUCUCCCAGACCCCUCGGCUCGACUCGUCAUGGAGCUCUACAGCGUUGAGGACAAAGACAAAUUCAAAGAAGAAGUCGGCGAUGUUGACCACUUCGCUCCAGCAUUUAAAGGACUUCCGCACCAGCGUCAUUGUGACAGGUGCCUUUCGACCGCCGCAUCGCCAAACAAUUCCGCUUCUCAGAUACGCUCCAAACUCGACCAACCCUUCCCCUGUGCCGCACUUUGUUCUCCUUCGCGCACUUUCACAUCGGCGCACUUCCUUCUCCUUCCGCAAAUCAAAUCUGUUUUCCCCCAAUCACGUGCGUUCAAAAUGGUAAGCUUUGCCGACGGCAGGGCCGGACCAGGCUGGAAUAAAAACGGCGCCACGGGACGAACAGCUUAUGAGUCCACCUUCGGCGACAAAGACAUUGGCGACCUUACCUACGUCAGCAUUGACCAUGACGAGAGCUACAAAUACCUGGCCGAAGACUUUAACCCAGACGCUUGGUAA